UCGUAUACUUAGUAAUAUUAUAUUAAAAUGGAAAAGACUUCAAUGAUGAGUUUUCGUAAAUUCGGUCUAGAUUAUUGUGAUUUGCCAACAAUGCUUGAAAAUCUAGACAUCGUGCUAAGAGUAUUCAAUGUUAAGAUACAUGAAAAUAAUGAUGGCCCUAUCAACAUCUUCCUCUACAUUCUCUGGAUUAUCAGCAACAUCUGCUAUUACUAUGUAUACGUCUUCUCCGUGAGUUGGUUCGUGAUCGUCAGAUGUCCUCAAACCGGGAACCUCAUCGCUGUGUCUGUUGUGAUCUCCCUGGCUAUGUGCAGCCAGCCUUCCUUCAUUAAAAUGUUCUAUAUGAUCAUUUAUAAGAAAAAAGUUCAGAGCCUAAUCCAAAACUAUCUCCUUCUAAACCUACUAGUGAAACCUGAAAGCUCAUUCUCGAAGAAUCUGCACAUACAACUCCGAUUUAUCAAGAAACGUGCUACCACAGUAUGGGCUACUAUGGCCAUGAAUGGUAUUUUAUACAUCGCUGUACCUAUAUUUAUGCCUGGAAGACAUUUGGCUGAGGAUUUCCUUGUUAUCUAUGGAUUGGAACCAAUGCUCGAAUCUCCCAACUUCGAGAUAGCAUCUGCCAUGAUUGGAAUCAGUGUUUACUUAUGCGUGUGUUCUCUCGGCAGUAUCACAGCCAUGAAUUUAAUAAUCAUAGGUUACAGUGAAUCCCAAAUGAUAUCCCUUAGCAAGGAACUCAACUACCUAUGGCAAGACGCCAAAGACUUUACCACGUCACUUCAGAAAAGCAUUGUAUAUAAAUACGCUAAGAAAACCAGUAUAAUCAACACAUACAUAACCGAGCGGCUAAAAGAAAUCAUAUUCUUACAUAUAAGGAACAUACAAGUCAUAGAAGAAUUCGAAAGCGUUUUUAGCAUCACUAAAGCGAUUGAGUUCAUAUUUAUCAUACUGGCUAUUAUAUCAGAACUGCUUGGAGGCAUUGAGAACACAUAUUUGCAGAUACCUUUUUCAUUUGUUUUGAUACUGAUGGAGUGUUUUGCUGGGCAAAAGCUGAUGGACGCUUGUGAAAUGUUCGAAAGGGCAAUAUACAAUUGCAAUUGGGAGAAGUUCAAUGUAACCAACAGGAGAACCAUCUUGAUGAUGCUUGUAAGUGCUCAGAAAACUUUGAGCAUAUCAGCAGGUGGGAUGGCUGCACUGAAUUUUGCGUGUCUCCUAUCUGUUAUGAAGUUCAGUUAUUCGACCUACAAUACCCUGAGAUUAAUGGUGAAUUGAAGGUCUUAAAGUUCUUACAUUUUCUUCCCAGAUAAUGUAUCAAAUAAUAUUCAAAGUUACUACAGUCAAAGAUUCCGAAAUUAGUAUCUCUGAUAAACAAAGUACAUCAUUAUACAGGCUAAAAUUAUUUCCUGUUAGAACUUUUAAAUGCAAGGAAGCUCGAAAUAAAAGAAAAGUUAAACACUGUUAACGAAACUCUGUACAUUCGUUUGCAAAGUUUUUAUCACCUUUGCAUAAACAGAAACCUAUUUCAGUGAGAAUGAGAAAUAAAUAAAUUAAACUUUC